GGCUGAUGAUGACUUUUAUGUCGAAAACGUUUCUGGAGUUUAUUUUACAUUGAUCUGCCGUUUUUACCUUUAUCCUUGUUUUAUUUUAGAUUUGAUGAAUUCGAUUUCUGCUAACCAAAAUGUCGAAAAAGGAUAGAGUCAAAGGAAAUGUAAAACCUGCCAAAAGUGUAGAUGCAGCUGCUUUAGUGGCUGGAAAUGCACAAUCUUUUGUUGGCUUUGACACACAAAGUUCAUUUUUUCUAAUUCCUGAAAUUCAAACACAGCUCAAGAAACUGAGCAAAAAGGAUUCAUGUACUAAGAUAAAGGGUCUUAACGACCUAAGCGGAAUUUUACCCAACCAUGGAGCAGAAACCUGGCUCAGUGUUUUGCCUCAGUGGUGUAGGAUUUAUCCAAAACUUUGUUCAGACGAUGAAACGUCAGUUCGAAGACAAACCCAAGCACUGCAUCGCCUUAUUGUGUCUAACACUAAGAAAGAAUUUGUUCCUUACAUGAAAUCAGUAACCGGUUACUGGCUGCUUAGCAUGUUUGAUCCUUACGCGGCUGCAGGAAAAGAGGCAAAAUCGGCCUUCUUUGCCAUUUUUCCUGAUGAAAAAUGGAAAAAUGCUCUCCUGUUCUGUAAGGAAGAAAUAUCAGCUUUGAUUCUAGAAAAUUUUGCUGUCGAUUCGCGUUCUCUAGACGAUGACUCAGAAUCAUCGCAGCAUAAGUUCAAUCGUUUGAUAAGUCAGUCAUUAGCUCUUACUAAGUUUCUGAUUGAUUCAUCUGCGGAUGUGCGAGCGCAUGUUCAAAAACAUGUUCUUCCUACUUUGAUUUCUUCAGUAAGUUUCAAUAAACUGAUCGAAUCGCAAGACGGAUUGAUACAGAAAAAUUUUCUCGCGCUUCUUGAAGCAAUGACGUCAUGGACUGAGCUAAUUGACAUUUUCGAAAUCGAAGUCGUUACUGGCGUCAGCUUGAAGCCAAUUGAGCAUUUCUCUCUAACAGAAACCGACGAUAAUGUUUGUAGUAAAAGCUGCUCUUUAAUCGCUAAGUUGGAAAAUACGAAACUCUAUUCCAGAGCUGCGAAGCAUGAAAAACAAUGGCGAACAAAGUUGAUAUCGUCCGUAUCUUCUUUUUCUCCAACAAACGUCGUUCACAUAUCUUCAUACCUUAGAAGUUCUUUGCUUUUGAAAGACCUCCAAAGUCAAUGGCUAACUGAUCUCGUGAAAAAUUUUGAAAAACUUGUGCAAGAUACUGAUUGUCGCUUGGGUUCAUUGAAUGACACUCUUACAGCCAUUUUUUCAUGGACGGGGACAGAAAUCGAAGACGUUGUCACGCGAUUCGUGGAAGACAGCUUGCAAAACCUUUCGACUGGUCAGAAUCAAGUUCUCUUGCAAACUAGUUUCUUUGUUUUGAUUCAUGAAUCGAGCGUAAACUGCAAAGCGUUGUUUGAAACCUCCAAGAAUUGCAUCGAAUCUUGCAUAGAAGAGUGUGGUAACAAUGAGUUUGCCAUUAAAUUACUGUUGAAGUUUCUGAAGCCAAAACCUUUGGUUAAAAAAGUGACAAUUGUUCAAAAAGACCAAACUGAAGUUGACACCAACACUUUUGACGAAAUUUUUUUCAGCAACUUGGAAAAAGUGAAGGGCCUAAAACUUGACACUGAUGCUUGCAUUGAACUGACUAUAGCUAUCCAGGAGAAAUUUCUUGAGCAGAAUCCUGAGUUUAAAGUUUGUUCUGAGUACAUGCAAGAUCUGUUGAUUGCUUGCACGAGCAAAAGUGAAAGACUAUUAUCUGAUGCUGCGGUUCUACUGAUGAGUUGCAAUUACAGUCUCGAAGAACUAAGUCAGUUGUGCUCUAAGUUAGAUGCUCGAGCAUUGACACCAAUCAUUAAAGCAGAUUUGAAAUCUGAAUCUAAGACGCUGUUUAGAAGUGAAAAGUUGCUGGACCUCAUUGGCAACGAUGGCAAUGAGUCUCUGACUGCAAUAAUUGCAGCGAACUGCAAUGCCCUUGACGAUCAGUUAAUCGAGAAAUAUAUCGUUUUGUUCAGAAAUCAAAAAAUGCUUCCUGUUUUUGCGGAGAAAAGCUUGAAAGUGCUAGAGAGCAGCAGAAAUGUCAUCCGGCUUACAAUAUUUGAAAGCGUAUUGUCCGACUGCUCAGACACAGAUAGUUUCCACGAAGCAAUUGCGAAAGAUUUUUGCCCUGUUUUAGAAGCUUUUCUGAAAAGUGAUGGCCUUGAGUAUACUCAGAAAGAAUGGGCAUUUGGCAUAAUGAAAAAUAGCUUUGCUUUGUUUGAGCUAAAAGCAAAUAUUUUGACAUCAGUUCUUUCUAUUUUUGUCGAAAACCUCGAAGCAAACAACAAAUUAGAUUUCUCCAACCUGCUAGACAAUUUAGUUGAAAAAGAAUUGCACAAUUCACUGUCGCUGUGCAGUUCUAGUAUUUUGAAAGCAUUGAUUUUCAAUGCUGUGUUACCUGCGCAUAAAAGUUUCAGCUCAGUAAAAGUUGAAGAUAUCAAUGUUUCAUCAGUGUCAAAAUUUUUGAAUUUCGUUGCCAAAAUAAGCGGUGUUCUCAGUGACCCAAAGUUCUCAGACUUGAACUUAGACCUGUCAAAAUGGAAAAAAGUUUCAAAUGUUUUAAGUUCACACAUCGUUCCAUUUGCGUCUCAUGAAACAGGUGAAAAAGAGAGUCGUGACAUUGCUCAAAUUUUCUCGAAUUUAGAGGAAACAAAUUUCCUUGUUGAUCUUCAAAAGUCUGAAGGUUUUGCUGGAGACAAUGGUCAGCUGAUUUACCUAAACAGUUUGAGCCUUCCUAGCGAAAGCAGUGAAAAAAUAUUCCGUGAUGAUGUCGACGCUCUAGAGAUGUCAAAUAUUCUUCAUGUGCAAACUAUGAAUAGUUCAAAUAAUUUGGAAAAAAUGAGCAAAGUUAUCACCGAAAUUCUGGGAAUUAUAUCAGACCAGGAUGAAUUACUCUGUGACGGAGAGGAUAUAAAAGCUUUUCCCAGUGAAGUUCAAAUUCUAAACAGACAAGUUCUAAUUUCGAUUGUCAUUUUUCUUCAAAACGAGAGUCUUACAGUUGAAAUUGUGCAAAAACUGUGGGAUAGCGUUUUGUGCGUUUUGGUUUGUUACGGAAACAGCUUGCAGAAGACAGAAUUUUUAUCUGAAAAUCUGAAUUUGGUAUCGUUUGCCCAAUGGUUCCUGAAGUCCUAUGAGUUGAUUGAAGAUCUGGUUGCUAAAUUCGAUCACCCUGAUUUGAACCAAGAAUGGCACGAUGUUUUCAAGCAAGAAUUGAUUCAAAGUUGUUGCAAUGUGUGUAUUAAGCUCAUAAAGUCAGAAUUGCCAAGAGAAUUCAAUACAAAAAUCUUAACAGAAGUAUCGUGCUUGAAACGCUUUGAUUCGGGAACUCUUAAACAAAGUAUUAGUUGUUUUACUGACGGUGCAAACUGCAUAUCGUUUUUGAGCCCGGGGUUGCUAUCCCGCAGCUGCGUGACUCAAUUUAUGGCUUGUUUGGCUCUUGAGAAAAUCAUUAUAGGUUCGGAGGAUUUUGUCGAAGAAUGGGCAAACAUGUUGCUGAAAGUAGCAGAACUGUCUGCUGUAGAUUGCGAUUCGAUGUUGUCGAUCGGUGAUUUGGAAAACUCGGAUACGUUUGAAAUUGUCGACAACGAAACGAACCAAGCUGUGACUUCUUUUCUAAUGGCGAUGAAGUUGCUAGCUUUGCUGCUAUCAAAACUAAAGUCGGCCAAAAUAAAUGCGCUCUUGGAGUCCGAAUUAUUCCAAGACGUAAAAAUUGAGUCUUUUCUCUCGUUUUUGUUCCGGAUAAUUGACACAGAGGCGGUGACGAAUGUUGAUUACAAUUGUUCGGAUAUUUAUUCGAGCGUGAGGCCAAAACGAUCGCAACAGUUUCUGUCUGAUUUAGCAAUUGAUUGUUACAUGACUUCAAUUUUGAGCCUUCCUCAACUUUGCAGAUCAUGGUUUGAAAGACUAGAUAGAAGAAAGCGGGAAGUCGUCGAUUGGUAUACGGCGACGUUUUUGUCGCCUUUCGUAAUCCGAAAAGCGUUCGGCGAUGUCAACAUGGAUAAAGACAUGAACAAAGAUGAUAGGUUGACUAUCAAAACGUUCCAAGGCCAGAACACGAUACAGGCUCAGUACUCGAUUGAGGAUUUUGCUAUUGACGUGAAACUGAGCUUUGCUAAAAACUAUCCCCUUGGAAGGAUAAACAUUGAAGAGAUAAAGAAAAAGAAAGUUGGAAUCAAGGACGAAGAGUGGCAACGUCUGCUCUUGGAUCUGAAGAUCUGUCUGGAGCAGGAGUCCUCCUCCCUUGUGCAUGGCAUCUUAGGGUGGAAGUCCACAUUGGAGAAGAUAUUCUCGGGAGUGGAGGAGUGCUGUGUGUGUAUGGCGGUGUUACAUCCCUCCAACAGAUCACUUCCAACGAAGCCCUGCAAAGUAUGUAAGAAGAAAUUCCAUGCAGUGUGUCUCUUCACCUGGUUCGAGAAAGGAACUGCCAAUUGUCCUUACUGCAGAAGUGUCUUCUAGCAGCCCUUGACCUCAACCUUCAGAUGGUUCCGAAGGGAUCUUUUAAUUACAGUUGGCUACGAGGAACAACAAAGUCUUGUCCAUACAAAUGCACCAAAGAAAAUAUAUGCUCUGUACAAAUAAUCAAGUUAUAGUAGUUUGCAUAAUAAAACUUUUGAUGUAUUUUUGCGGAAUAUAUAUUAUUUUAAAAAUAGAAAAAAAUUAAAUACUUUAAUAA